AUGUCUCAACACUUCCUGUUCACCAGCGAAUCUGUUACAGAAGGACACCCAGAUAAGAUGUGCGAUAUCAUCUCCGACACAGUUCUUGAUGCAUGCCUUGCUCAAGAUCCGAAUUCCAAAGUUGCUUGCGAAACCUGCACAAAAACAGGUUUCAUAAUGCUUCUUGGUGAGAUCACAUCUAAUGCACAACUUGACUACCAGAAGAUCGUUCGUGAUGCUGUUCGUAAGAUCGGUUACACUUCUUCCAAGCUCUGCUUCGAUGCUGAUACAUGUGCUGUCAUGGUAUCCGUUAGCCAGCAAUCAGCUGAUAUCGCUCAGGCCGUUCACCUUAACAAAGCUGCUGAAGAUCUCGGCGCAGGUGAUCAAGGCAUCAUGUUCGGCUAUGCUACAGAUGAAACAAAGGAACUCUUCCCACUUACACAUGUUCUUGCUCACAAUCUUGCUCGCCGUCUUACAGAAGUCCGUAAAAACGGAACACUUCCUUUCCUUGGUCCAGAUGGAAAGACACAAGUUACAGUUGAAUACGAAAGAACCAAUGGACACCUCAAGCCAGUUCGUAUCCAUACAGUUCUCAUCUCAACAAUGCACACAGAUGAUGUUACAUUAGAAAAACUUCGUGUUGAAGUUAAGAAGCACGUCGUUGACGCUGUCCUUCCUAAGGACUUUGUUGAUGACCAUACAAUUCUUCAUAUCAACCCAGGUGGCCGCUUUGUUAUCGGUGGUCCACUUGGUGACUCUGGUCUUACUGGUCGUAAGAUUAUCGUCGACAGUUACGGUGGUUGGGGCGCGCACGGCGGUGGUGCUUUCUCAGGAAAGGACCCAUCAAAAGUCGAUCGCUCUGCAUGUUAUGCUGCCCGUUGGGUUGCCAAGAGCCUUGUUGCAGCUGGCCUUUGCUCUCGUUGCUUAGUUCAGCUCUCCUACGCUAUUGGUGUUGCCCAUCCCUUAUCUGUCUUUGUCGAUACUUACGGAACUGGUAAAGGAAAGACCGACGAGGAGCUCGUUGAAAUCGUUAACAAGAACUUCGAUCUCAGACCUUACGCUAUUAUCAGAGACUUAAAUCUUCUCCGUCCAAUUUACGCUCAAACUGCUGCUUACGGUCACUUUGGACGUACUGAUAUCGAUCUUCCAUGGGAGAAGGUCAAGGAGAUCAAGUUCUAA